AUGUCAAGACAAUGUCAGAUCUACAAGGGGUAUUACCACCAUGUUCAGUAUAAGAGAUGCUACAAAACAAAUAUGGGGUUUUCCCUGCUGCUUGUUAAUAUGGUUCAGAGUGAGAACUAUAAACAUAAAUUCAAGAUGACCUUGGUAGAUAGUGCCCUCAGCAAAGAAGUCCAUGAACUCCAUCACACUUGCCUUGUGUCUCUGUCAACUGGAUCACCUGGCAACAUAUGUCAAAAGUCUGUGAGCGUUUUCCACCACAAGCAAGCUAUUGACUCUUACUACAAGCAUAAUGACACCCUUGAGGUGUAUGCAAAUCUAUCCUUAUUUCUUUACAAUAGCUACAAGCAAACACUAGAUAUCAUGACAAGUACACUGGCCAACCUAGCGGGGGUAAUGUGGGAUCUCAACAUGGCCAAUAAAGCUACAUUCAAUAAGCUACAAGAAGAGAAGAUUUACCUGAACGGCUUAUGCAAUGUGGAGAAGACCCUGAAGAUAGAAUACUGGCAGAAGCUUGGUGACUAG